UCCAAAUACUGUUGAUUCAUCUACUCAAAUUGUACAUUAUGCGUCACAUUUGUGUAUAGCAUUUUGAUCCAUAACAAAAACAAUCUUGUUGUUAUACUCGCAACUUAUUCAUAAGUUGAAGAAAUCAAAUUUCUCUAUAACAAAAGUUUUAGUCGUUAUGCGCGUGGUUUGAAUUAUAUUGACGAGUUCAUUGUGAAAAUUAUUGUAUUCUCGUWCUACCAGCCUGAUACAGGCAUAGAUCUAUUACUUUUCGUCAUGAAGGGCCACCGUUCGUGACACUUGGGAAACUUCGGUGCUGCUUGGUACCUCAGAUCAUCACCGCCUUAGACAUCGAUAUAAUAUUAUGUCGCCGGGGACAUAUCUAAGGUCUAAACACGUUGUUGGCGACUAUUUACAGACAUCUUCCAUACCGUGGUGUGGUAAUGCGGAAGCCGGUCAUAUACGUGCCAACACAAUCGGCGUGUACCACGUGAGUUUGAAGCAACAACAACAGCCACCGAAAAACGAACAUUGCUCAAGUGCAAUGUUUGUCAGCAGACGUUCUAAAUUUGGUCAUAAAUUGAAGAAUUUAUCAUUGAAUCAAUUUGUAUUCUUAAUCACCAUCUUGCAGGUGCACGAGGUUCUCUCCGAGACAGAUUUGUUGGGAAUCACWACCAUAAACAAAAUUACGCCCUUAAACARAACUACGUGCAAGGAACGAUGGACGUGUUCGUCGUGUACAGAAGUAACGAUGCCGGCGUGCAGSUGGUCCGUCGCCGAGCAGAUGUGCGUGGACAAUACGAAGGUGGCAGAGCAGAGCUGGAUGGUGGUCACCAACGGAUCUUCCUGUCCAAAGUUUUCGGUCGAAAAUAGCGUCAGCGCUGCAGUGGGUGACAACAAGACGGUGACGGUGACGGUUAAGGUUAAUGACGCGGACAUGGGAGGUGGUUUGGUCCGUUUGUUGGCCAACAGCAGCGUCGAGUGUCGGCUGGGCAACAAUAACUAUACGGCCAAGGUGGGCGGCGAUCGAAUCUUCUGUUCCGGUGUAUCGACACGAAUACCGCAGUACAAUACCAGGUGCCAACAGUUGAUACCGCACACUAAUUAUUUAUUGAUCGUGUUCGAUGACAAGUUAUUGCGAUUYGACAAUGUAAGCGACCACUACGUGACCAYGUACCCGUGGGCUACCGAUUAUUCAAAAAUAGACUGUCCUCAUUGUCAUUGGAACAAUGGCACGCACAGGUUUUAUUGUAGYUGGUGUUUGGUAAACAACUCCGAAUCCAARGACAUUAUACCGUACCAGUACUGUGACGUACGGAAUAUUUCAAAUCUCAUUCAUUUGAGUACCAGCACCAUGCRAGACUAUGAAAUGUGUUCCGGCAAAGGUCCAAUCGUAUUUAAUAAUUCUGUAACGCCGAAAAUUAUACUCCAAUCAGACCAGCUUGCCGAUUUCGGUAGCCAAUCGGGCAACAACAGUUUUCUGGUCGAACCGACGGUGGACGACGGUCAAGUGUUCGGCGGUAUAGUGUCUGGUGGCACCAAGUUCCGGGUGAAGGGUCAACAUUUUUGUGGCUUGAAAAAUGUGACGUGUUGCGUCAGAAAUAAAAAUUCGUGCAGUGGUUGUGAUGUACAUAACGACACGCUCAUGGUUUGCCGGUCUCCUAAGCUCAAUAUCGAUUCGCUAGUUGCAGCUAACAUCGAACCACUCAGAUUUUACUUUAUCAACUCUACCGGAAAAAACGACAAGUUAAAAUUACAGGUUAUCGGUUAUCAUCGUUAUCAGGAUCCGAGUUUCACGGACUUUGUGUUUGACGGGUGCUGCAACGUUACCGUAAAUGGUCUAUACCCGAACCCAGGUUUCGCCGCUGAGGACGCUUCCAUUGUAUUGGUGACUGAAAACUCAUUMUCUUGCAGUUGUCAGAUCAUUUCGAUGGACAACACGCAGAUCAUUUGUAAGGUGUCGCAAUCACCCCAGUUAGGCCUACUUCCGAAACAGGUCAAUGUCACGAUAGGUGACAAUAGGAUCGCCGUAAUGCCAUCGAAACAACAAUUCAGUCGUUUCAAAAGUUCAUUUGCCAGAAAUUUAUUGCCAGGUGUGGUCACUAUAAGCGCUUACGUUGCUUUCAUUGCAGUUCUAUGUGUUGCGCUCAUAUUCUUUAAGUCCUCGAAGGACUAUGACCUAUUGUAUUUAUAUGGUCGCCAGCAGCUCGCAGAAAUGCGACCGUUGGACGAACGAAAUCCAAACGACUACGAUGACAACGAYAAACCUGAAAAUAUGUUGUUGGUACGUGACGAUCAUCAUUAGUUUCAUAUACCUACGGAUAUAUAGGUGCGACCUUUAAUUUAUUAACUAUAAUAUUGUAUAUAAUUUUAUUAUAUUCCGUAUCUGAGAAUUUUUUUAUAUCUUGUUCUUUGAUAAAUCUAUGUCUAUACAAA